UUUUUUUUAAAUAUAACCUUGAAGACUUUGAAUGACGAAAAUAAAGAUCCAAAAAAUAUAUGGUAGACCAAAACAAAAUGAUAAAAAUAAUUAUUGUAAAAAACAUAUUAGGCACAUUUUUGUGUUGUAGGUAAUUAAACUUGAAAAUUAGUUCUUUUAAUUUUUUUCAAUUUCAAAAAUAUUUUAUUAAAAUCUCCUUUUAUUCCAAAUACAAAAAACUUGGUUAGAAAAAUUUUUUAACCUUGGGGGAAAAUUGAAAAAUAAAAAAUAAAGUUUCAUGACGUUUUGGUGCCUAGAUUAGAGUGUCAAGCGAAAAAGGGAUGUUUCAGCGUACUUUUAAAGAUAUGCUUUUCUGUGUACUAUAUUCUCUCAUUUAAGCUUUGUUUCAAAUAUUUUUUUCUAAUUAAGUCCAUUUUCUAUGAAAAAGACAUCAAAAGGAGUAAAAAUUAUUUUUUGAGUGUUUUUUGUCUAACUAAUUUUUUUAGAGAUCAGUGAAGUAAUUCUCCAUGAAUUUUAACUUUUUCUUUAAAAAAUGUUCCUAAAUUCUCUACUAUAAAAACCCAAAGAGAAGGUUUUCAAUCAAAACAUCGUCUACAAUCGCAACGCCCGAACUUAUAAUUUCUAAUGUCGUCUACAAAAAGUGCAAUGGACGCAACUGUAUUUCCGGAUGUUCCUCUCUCACAAACGGAUUUGAUUAUCAUUAGUGGGGUUUUGAUUGGUUUCUUGGUCCUUCUUUGCAUUAUUUUCCUCUGUUGUUGCCGUCGAAAGAAGAAGACGUCGCCACAUGAAGUGAUCAUCGUUGAAGAAAUACAAGUAGAGACUUUUUCUGAGCCGCCAAAACGUGUUUCCUCGCAAAAACGCAGCACACCUCAACAAAUUAAAGCGCCACAAAAUCAAAAACCGAAAAGCGUGAAAAAGAAGUCCAAAUCAAAGAAGCCAAAGAAAAAUGCUGGCGACGAACUUCCAGUUAAUAAAGACUUGGCAUUGGCAGCUGGGGUUGUGGUGCCUGGGACUUACGAGGAUAUUGUGGAAGUACCAGUUGGCAAGCCAGAUAAAAAACAACAGCAAAAGGGAGCGGACAAAGGCGGUAAUAAAAAAGGUAAAAACAAAAAUAUAUUUAAAUUUUUUUAA